AAUGCAAGCUGGUAGUGAACUUUCAGUGGAUGAGGCUCUGGAUUUGGAGGCUGAGAUUGCAGCGGAAUCUAACAGUGAGCAUUAUGAACAAAUUGAGCUUACAGAUGCACAGAAAAGUACUAUUGAGAGAAAUCGACAAAAAGCCCUUUUGCUGAAAAAGGCGAGGGCAUCAGCUCAUCCUUACAGCAAAAAUGAAAAGGGAUCACCAGAAAAGAAUACCAUUAAGGUCCAAGGAACCAGAUACAUAGACACUGGUGGUGGCUUCCUUUUGGAGGAAAAAGCUGCUGAAGAAAAUGCAAAACCAGUGGAACUGAAGGAAAAUGUUGGACCUGUCCAAAUUCCAUAUCGGCCAACAUGUGAGGAAUGUUCGAAUAUUUUUGAUGAUUCUUUUCUUUACCAGUCAUUUGAGUAUCCUGUCUGUGAUGGAUGCAGGGACAGAGAUGACAAGCAUUCUCUCAUUACUCGGACAGAUGCAAAAAAUGAAUACCUGCUGAAGGAUUGUGAUCUGGAUAUGAGAGAGCCCCCUCUGAAAUUCAUCAUGCGCAAGAAUCCUCAUAAUAUGCGAUGGGGUACAAUGAAGCUUUAUCUUCGACUUCAGAUUGAAAAAAGAGCCUUGGAGGUAUGGGGCUCUGAGGAGAAACUCGAGGAAGAAUUAGAAAAAAGGGAUGAGAAAAGAAGCAAAGCAAAGAUUAAAAAGUACAAUAAACAAGUCAAAGCCCUGCGCAUGGCUGUCCGCAGUAGCCUGUAUGAUCGGACUAAGUCAGCUACUCAUGCCCAUGAGUUUGGUCCUGAAAAACCACUUCCUGAUCAGGGAGAAGACACAUACACUCGGACAUGUACUACUUGUGGUUAUGAGGAAAUAUUUGAGAAAAUGUGAUUUUAAUUCUGUCUGCUUACAGAUGUGUGCACAAAGAGAUUUUAAAAUAUGUUUUACCUGCACCGAAUAUUGGAGUAUGCAGAUAUUUUGUUAUGAAAGCCAUUUAUGAUAUAUUGUCGAAAAUGCUGUGUAUUAGAAACAGGUGUCAUCUCUCUUUUUAUAUCAUAGUAAGUAUAAUUUGAUGAAUUUGUACCAAUCAAUAAGUAACAACAACAAUCCUUGUGUGUGUGUGUGUGUGUGUGUGUGUGAGUGAGUGAGUGAGUGAGUGAGAGAGAGAGAGAGAGAGAGAGAGAAAGAGA